AUGAAAUGUGUACGCGUCGAUAACAAGGACGAGACCCCAAUUGUCAUGGACUCGAUACAUUAUGUGGACGGUGUUCGCGAAAAACGGUGUGAGGGCGUUGAGUACAGACGCCGUCUACACCGGACGGAUGCUCGUGGAUAUAUACGGUCUGUAGCCAACGGUAGUGCUCGUAAUAUUGUAAAAACAUUGCCAUAAUAUUAUAAGCAACACGAUAAACCAAACGAGCGCGAAAAUUGCAUUGUUUAAAACAAGUUUCACGAGAAAAAUACAAUACGUAUACAGUACACGUACUCGUCGGAAAACUUUUUCGAAAAAAAAAAAAAAAAAAAUAAAAAUGGAAAAAAUGUGCCUACAAUUAAAGCCGAUUUCGGAAAUCAUUACAUUUAUUCCCGAUAGUUCACUGUAUUCUAAAAAACCGAAUUGACAAAAUACGAAAAUCCGAAACUUUAAUAAAAUAUUUUUUUAAAUAUCUACACAUGGUAUUUUUAUAAACUCAUACCUAGGUAGUUAUUUCAUCAGAACUAUAAUAAAAGUGUACGUUUUUAAUUACAUUCUUCUAUUUCUUUCGUUUUUUUUUGGGGGGGGGAGGCUGUUAAUUCUAACCCUACAAAUUCGUAUAAAACAACAAUAUUUACGAUAUACAUUUAAAAAUAAUUUUCAAUGUGUUUCAAUUAUUAUCCGAAAAACGGAUAGCCGAAUUAGUUGUAAUAUGACUAAAAUGUUUUUGGGUGAAACGGGAAAAGCCGAGUCCAGGUAAAACGGGUCCCGCCCGGCUUCUCGAGCCCGUACGGAUUUAAGCCGACGGAUUUGAGAGGCCUCUAACGUCGGAGGCGGGAUUCACUCAGCGGAUACCUUAUAAUUAUUAUUGUAUACUGUUUUGUUUGUACGUUGUUGUCGUUUUAAAAUUAUAUUUUGAACCGCGACAUUUUAAUAGAAACACAUUGUCUUCGAAAAACGAAAAAACAUUGAUCAGUUUGUUGGUACCGCACUACUCCUCGGAAAAUAACGAAUUUUCCCGGUUUCCGCGUCCUACUCAAUGUUAUCACGUAUAUUAUUGUUAAAAGUGUAAAAAACGGUUUCGAAUUAUUUCUCCGGAACGAGUUCGCUGACCCUCCUCUGGCGGCGGGUUCGAAAACUCAACGCGAGUAAACUUUACAAUUAUUAUAAUACACAAUAAUUACACUGUAUGUAUACCGACUGUAUUAUUAUGUACAUCGGGUCGAUAAGGUUAGACAAUUGCAAUGAUACUGGUGGUCCGUUAUUAUUUUAAAUACUAUCGUGCGCGUCACGCAGAGUUUCGACUUAAUAAAACAGAUAUAUAUAUAUAUAUAUGUGUGGUCCUCUGACCGUCAACCGAAUAAACAUCGAAACCCGUCGUAAAGGACUCGAUUGAUUCUUCUUUUGGUGACCACGAGAACGAGUGAGUAAUAAUGGCCGACUAAGAAACCUCGCGGUGUACUCUUGAUCACUGCGAGGUCACUUUAAACUACGAAAUGCUGACCGUGAUAACGAGUACUGGAUGUUUCGAGGGCGAGAUCUCUUUAAUCCAGACAAUAUUAUACUGUUUCUCAACUGACCUCCGCGAUAACGAGCACUGGAUGAUAUAUUAUGCAAGUACUACUAUACCGUCUUUCUACCUAUCAAAAUGGUCGGUUAGCCGCAAAACGACUCAACACGUAUAUCGAGAUUGUUUCGCUAAAAAAAAAAAAAAUAAUAAAAAGGGUAAAUCUAUUCCAAAAAUACAAAUAUCUAUAACUCAACGAUAUCAAAGUGGUUCGAAUAUAACGAGUAGAAAUUUAAAGUUAACAAAAUAUUAAUAUAAAUAUCACGAUCUUCGUAAAACAAAAAUAAAACACUGCAUUUGAUCAGAAUCGAUCUUCGUUUACCAUGAUUUGCCGUUUAAAUUAAAAACUUUAUACGUAGGGAAACGUACUAUUUCACGAUUUCAUUAUUUUAUAAAAACACGAACGACGUUUUAACUACCAGAAAAACUAAUUUAAUCGAAAAAUCACAUGAUACCUUGUUUGUUGCUUUUUUGAUUUACUUUCUUACGAUGUAACCGCCAAAACUUUUGAGCCACUUUUGAGCUCUUAAGGAAUUUUAAUUUUUGGGAGUAUUUUGCUGUAAUUUAGUUAUAAAUACACGUAGAGAGUUGAAACUUGGUAAAAAUACUUAUAUUGGACUUACCUAUAAAUGGUAAAAUUUCCAAAAUCAUCGGACGAAUUUUUUUUUUUUUUUUAAUAAGCGGUUUGAAAUCAAAUUUAAAUGAAAAUCGCAAAAAAAAAAAAAAAACAGCAUUUCAAAUUAUGUAUAACCGAACUGCUCUCGGAAUCGUCUUUCGUUAAGCAAUGAUUUAUCGUUUCUUACAGAUAUAAACGAAAUAACCUUAUGUAUUCUACCUUCCUAACUUUUCAUCUACAGCAGUGGCCGUCCCCAGUAUCAGUUCUUUUUUAUUGAAAUUAUAAUGUUAAAAACAGCAUUUUCAAAGAAAAAAAAAAGUGUUAUCUUAUUUUUGAACUCUUAUUUAUUGGUUCAAAUGAAUAUUUGCAUUAAUUGUUAUGGUAACCGCUUUAUUGUUUACUGACUAUCCUAUAAAAGCACUCGUUUCUCGCUAUUAUUGUCAAUUAUUAGUUUUUUUAUUUAGAACGCAUUGUACCGUUUUGUAAUAAUCAUUCAAGGUUUUUGUGUUCUCACUGUUAAAUAUUUGUUUACCUUACAGUACAUUCCGUUCAAGUUAUGGCUGCUUAUUCAGUGGUUGUAAGUACUAACUAAUAUAAACAACCAAGUAUAAAGUAUAUUUUAACCGUCGGAUUUUAUUUUCACAGGGAAUCGCGAACAUUUUCAGUUCAAUGGUUAAUACUAUUUUGAACCCGGUUAACAUUAUAUCCCGGAAAAUUGUGGCACUACCGGAGACGACCGAAAGUCAUCUGCAGAACGAUACCGUCGAAGCAAAACAUCCCCGAGUAAGACGAUUAGCCACGAUAAUAAAUAGGAUAUUUUUUUUAACGCGAUCGAUGGUCGUAAUUUCACGUGUAUUUCGUCCCGUUUAGGAUUUGGCUUGCCAAGGAUUCGUGAAAUUGUGCGACAAUGCGAUCGGUGACGGAUUGCAUGUGGCGAGUCCCGUUUCAGGACAAGCUCUUCAAACGGCUUUGUUGCCGAAACGUUACGGCGCGUUGAAUGAAUUGCGCAAAACUACGACGGUAUGUACCGAUACAAAAACUAAUUAAAAUCCGAUUUCCGUGUAAUAUUUGCUAUUAAAUAGCUGUACGUCUUUCGAACGUUUACGUUUGUAAACUUAAUUAUACGCGCUAUUAUCGUGGUUUUUAAACUGGGUACCACGGCACACUGUUGUGCCGCGACCAUUCACUAGGCGUGCCGCGGUCUUUUGAAAUUUGUUUUCCUUAAAUUGUGACGGACCACCGGUUACGGUGAUCAGUUCGUUAAGUAUGAAGUGUAAAGUCACAGUGUGCCGUGAAAACUAUGUGCAAAGCGAAGUGUGCUGUGGUAGAAAAAAUUUUGAAAACAACUGCUCUAUUACUUUCCAAACUAGCGACCUACAACAGUUACGGCCUAGUCGUGGUUCUAAGUGUGUGCGGUCUUUCUUAAUUCGUGGUUGUCACUGGCAAGAAAGUCCCCCCACCAAUUUUUUUUUAAAGAUGUUGGAAACAAGAACAAUUUAAUAAUAUAUUAAUAAAUACGUAAUUGUGUUUUAGAUGAUGCGACGCACGCCGCCGUCGAAACGCCAAGUGAAUCGUUUAGUAACAAAAUUCGAGUGCGUAGUUGUCAAUGUUAAAAAAAAAAAAUAUUUAUACCGAGAAAAUUUCACAUUUUACUCGGUAUUAUUUACGUGUUUCGUCAUUUUAUAUAGAUUCAUCGAAAAAAUCUACAACUUCAGGAUUCGUUCCGAAACUAUAGUUUGGUCGUUCGUUAACGAUUUUUUAAAGGGACACGGUGAUGAUUUACAAGUCCGAUCCGUGUUCACUCUCUCGAAAUCGGUCGCACCGAAAUUAUUCAAGGUAAAAUACGCAUUUAUAUAAAAAUAAUAAUUAUAUCAUUAUAAAUUUCGCACUCGACAAUAACGCGUAUUAUGAUCAAUUACCCGUAGACCUACAGUACGAAUAGUUGGAUGUCGUUGGAAAUGAAAAAGAUGAUAGACAUGCUUAAAGAAACACGUUUGACCGACGGGAUUCACGAAAGUAUGAUUAUUAAUUAAUUGUUGACAUUUCUCUCCCGAAUCUAUUACAGAAAAUAUACAUAAAAAUACAAGGGUCGAAUUUGUUUUUACGGACGGACUUUACGAAGGCCAUUCGAAAAGUACCGCUGCAAAAUUAAAUUGUUCUAUUCCAAUAUUAUUUCUGCAAUCUUGGCCCUAGAUGAAGCUGUAUACGAAAUAAUUGCUUCUCUGUUUACAUCAAAAAUUAAAUUAAUACGGUGUAUAUAAUUUUAUUUUAUAAUAUCGUAACAGGUCCGGACAAGCCGACCGAGGAAAAGCUAAUAAAAUUAGUUGUCGAUUUUACACGUUCCUUGGAACCGCUGUAUGACAAUUUACAGGCCGAAUUACAAUUGGAGAUGACGGACAAACCCGACGAAUCCAUUGUAAGUCAAAAUACGUUUUAUGAUGUUAUACGAAAGCAGUGUUGGACAACCGUACUAAAAUGGCCCGGAAAAUAAUUGUACUUCACCGGUCCCAAAAGACAAUAUAUUAUAGAUUUUCUAAAAUGUUACAGGACAUCGAACGCUCAUUAACGUCAUCUUUAAUUUCGUCCUUAACACUUGAUCAGGUGGGCAAGGUUGUUUCGAUGAAUCACACGGCUUUCGCCAACGGAACAGAACAAAUGCUCAGUGUUACCGGCGGAUUGUUGGCCGGCCUCGUAAAUUCGGAGAAAUUAUUAAAAUAUUCCGUUGUCAAAGGGUACUUAAAAAUAAUAACGUACCCCGGCACCCCCCAUACGAUUUUCGCAAUUUUUUUUUUUUGUUAACAUUUAGUAUGCAAUUCUUAUGAACUUGUAUGAUUUUUUCUCGAAUUUGUGCGCCUUUAGUUUUUGCUUUACAAAAGAAAAACUAGAGCGGUGCUGAAGAAACCGUUUCUUCAGCACCCCCUCAAGAGAUUGGAUGGCGUAAGCGUGUUUUUUUCGCUACCAUAAUUUAUUACGUGAAUCGUAUGAAUUUGUAUGCCCAUUUCCAAAAUGUGUACGACCACUCCACCAAAUCCAAAUAACGAUCUAAGCAUUUAUGCUUUUUUUCAGCACCACUCCCCCCAAACAGAACCGACGGUGUUAGCAUGUUUUUUUCGCUACUACUAAUUAGUACAAAAUUCGUAUAAAUUUGUAUUGCCCAAUGCCCAUUUCCGAAAUUUGUUCGAUUUAAUCAUUAAAAUAAAUUUGUUUGUAUUUAACAUGAGUUAUUUAAUCAAUAGUCGUGGUUAUCAAUUUUUACAUUUACACACUAUUUAAAAAAUAAAAUAAAAUUUUUUUAGAUUUGAACAUGUAAUAGCAUGUGGUAGGUAUUUAAAAAUUAUCAUAUAAUAAUAAUAAUAUUAAUAUAAUCUAAAUAAUAAUAACUAUGUAUGAUAAUACAAACGUCAAUUAAAAGUUAUACAACUGAUAAAAAUAAUAUACAAUUAUGUUAAGCUUGAACUUAAUUGCAUUAUAAAAAAUGAAUAAAACAGUCACAUAUUAUCAAUAGUUUUUUGUUAUUCAUUUAUAUUAGUAUUGUUGGGGUUAUCAACUGUAGAUAAUAACACGUGGUUAAAGAAUGUGUCAAUAAUCAAUCGAAACUAAACUGUCUAUAAUUUACCAGCUAAUUUAUAAUAUCUACUGUAUGAUUAAUCAUUUUACAAAAUAUCAUUAAAAGAUUUUGAAAAUUUGCGAAAAUCGUAUGUGGGGAUGCUGGGAAAAUGUACAUCAAAUAAUAUCUUUAUUUUCGUAUCCGUUUUGUAGUCAACUAAUUCCGAUACAAUCUAUUAAAUGCCUUUUUUAGAUUCUACAUAUUGCUCAACGACCAAGACGUCAGUGAGCGAUACCCAAAUGUACCGGACUUGCUGAGAACCACAAGAAACGCGUUUGAAAACCGUUUGAAUCAAGACAAGCCGGUAAUUGCACCGAUAUAUGGAGUCAAUCGAACUUUUCAAUUAGCCGAUUGCAAUUUACAUACAGACAUGGUAAACGUUGAAUUUUUGGAACUUCUAAUUAAGUUCAAAACAAAAUUUAAUGCCACCGAACGUCGUGUAAGUUAAAAUAUAUUUUAUGUUAUGUUUAUCCGUGUUAAACAAUGCAAACAUUGGUUCCUAUAAUUAUAGUAUAUACACUAAACUUAUUCUUAUUUUCGGCAAAUAUCUACCUGCGCCAUUUUCUCUACAAUAUACACUUUCCGAAAUGUUACAGGACCUCAUGCGUCUAUUAAAGCCAGUCGUUGGUUCGAUGUUAUACCAAAGCCACGUUCACGUAGUCGCUUCAAUAAAUUACACGGCACUAUAUAAUGAAGGUGAAAAUAUUCGUAUUAACGCCGGCAAACUUUUGGCUAAGCUUGUGUCUGCGAAGCUGCUACAGAAAUCAUCGGUCGCCAAAGGGUAUCUAUAAACAAUAUUGUUAUUUUUUUGUCCGUUACGUAGGCAACUAUCUUUGAUCUAACCAGCCAAUACCUGUUUCAGGUUGUACAAGGUACUCACCGAUGACGAAGCCAAUGAAUACUUUACUAAUGUACCCGAUUUAUUAGCGACCAUACGGACAGCAUAUGAAAAUGAACUAUAUGGUCAAAAGGAUGGUUCUUUUUGA